CUUGCCAUUUUGGUUAUUUUCUUAGUUUUGCGAUCGUUAAAUUAUUUCUAAGGAUUAUGAAUGCUUAAUUUUCCUCUAAGAAAACUCCUGAAAUGAUUUUAUGAAAUGAGAAUUUCUUUCUCCUUUGGGUUAUUGGUUCUUCUGUGGCGGCAGAUAUCUUCCUCGUUUAUUGAUGUAACUGAGCGAGUUGGUAUUUCAGCAAUCAAUGGCUAUUUGGCAGCGUUUGGCGACUUUAAUGGAGAUAAACAGACCGACUUGUUCCUUGUCACUGGUGAAGGGAAUAAGUUGGAAAUAUUUUUGUGGAGUGGAUCAGAGCAAAAGUUUAGAAAAGGAAGGGUUUCAAUUUCACUGCAGAGCAAAAUUGUGAAUGUGAGUCCCAUAGACUUUGAUGGUGAUGGCUGCCUUGAUGUUUUGAUUGCUGCUGAACCUCAACACAAUUCUAAAACAGAGAAGAAUGUUACUGUUUAUGUGUACUGGGGAAACUCACAAACAUUAGAUGGCAGUGAUUUUAUAUUGGUGAUGAAAGAUCAACCACUAGUUAUGGAUGCCAAUGGUGAUCUUUUGCCAGACCUUUUUGGUUCAGAAAUUGUGAAAAAUUCUCCCUUGCGUUCAUACUGGAUAUCUCAAGGGUCAAAAAGAAGGUUUGAGGUGCAACGGCAGACCAAUUUAAGAAAAUCCAGUGUGCUUACACCAGUUAGGAUACCACACUCCAAUGCAUUCCUGGAUCUCAAUGGAGAUUUCACUGCUGACCUGUUUGUCAUCAAUGAACAAAAUCAGGGUGAAGUUUGGAUCAAUAGAAAGGGAGUCCUUGUUCACCCAUCUGAUGACUCAGAAGAAGUAAUCAAACUACCCAAAAUGGUGAAAGACAAGCUCAUUAAAGUGUUUGGCCAGUCAACAUUUGUUGACAUUGAUGGAGAUGGAAAUAUUGACCAGUUGUUGCCGGUUUGUACAACUGACUACUGUGAAGAAAGUCAUCUUUGUGUGUAUUCUAGUAACAAGUGGCAGACAAUGCUAUCAAACGACGGCAGACCUGUUACAUGGCAGUUUAUUGCGCCAACAAACCAGACUUCAUCUUUAUUUCCAUUAAUGACCAUCCGAACAGGAGACUAUAAUAUGGACGGUUUUUAUGAUGCAUUGAUAGUGUUGAAUGUAAAGGAAACGGGGGAAACCAAAUUCAAGAGAAUUGCAGCUCUUUUGGAAAAUAUACCAUGUGAAAGUACACAUACCUCUUGCUUUGGGGAACGGACAUUUGACGUUCAUUGGAAGGAGUUACCAACUUUAGAGGGAGCUGUUGUAGCCACGUUUUUUGACUUGUAUGAAAAUGGAAAGAUUGGAGUCAUGGGUGUGACUGAGUCUUUGAAGAAUGGCGACCCACAAUCCGUUGAGUAUCAUGUCCAUGCGCUCCGUAAUGAUCUCUAUAGUGAUGCCUGUUUCUUAAAAGUUAUUGUCGUAGGAGGCAGAACGUUAACUUCUUGUGAAAAUGAAAACCUGCCUUACGGUGUAAGUUUGACUGGACCAUACAUAAGGUACACCACCACAAGUACAGACGGGAAAAUAAAGUACGGCAAUGCCGCUCAGCUGUCUCAGUCAGCUUACUUUGCCCUUCAAUGUCCUUACACUGUGUUUGGCUUGGGAAGAACACCCAACUUUGUUGAUGAGCUUGCUGUAGGAAUUCCAAGAUCAAAAGGCUCUUCUGAAAGAAAACGUGUAUGGAGUUCUAUUAUACCGAAUUCACAAGUCAUCGUGGUUCCUUACCCGCCCGACAGCCUCUCAAGUUGGACUGCAAAGUUGUUCGUUACCCCAAGCAAACUGGUGUUAUUGACAGGUGUCAGUCUUUUGGGCAUCUGUGUCUUUAUUGGUCUUGUUAUCUUGUUGUUGCAUCUGAAGGAGAAGAGAGAGGACCAAAGAGAGAAGCGCCAAGACGCACACAAAUUCCAUUUUGAUGCCAUGUGAUGUCCACGUGUCUGAUUAAAGUUCACAGGCCAGCUGUGGAGGUUGAGUCGUGAAAUGCGUGUGUUUUAUGAUGACUAGGAAGAAUUUUAGGGUACAAGGCACAAAUGUCAGUGAAACAGCGAUUGAGAACCUUUCUGCUUAUUUGUGGAUCUGUUUUAAUUGUAUAGUGAAAUUCCAUUAACUGGGUUGAUACAAGAGAUUAUAAUCUCUUAAAAUUAUCUGGCUGAUACAAGUACUUGUAUUUAACUGAAUCAACGCCGAAAAAUAACUUAAGUAUGUUGCUGUCACUAAAUAUUUAAAGUCUUACCUGCAUUCAACAGCAUUUGAGAUCAAAGGCUGAUCAAAUAAAUAUAAUAAUUCGUUAAAACAAAACCUUCCCCCCCUCCAUCCUUUCCCCAUCCUUGUGGUCCUGGCUUUUAAGUUUCAAAAAAUAGCAUGCUAGAGUAGUGAUAAGUACAUUGCCAUAGCUGUAAGCAGAGAGAGAGAGAGAGGUUGGGUUGUGAGUUAUAAUCUAGAUAAACAAUUAAAACCAGAAUAGCGGUGUUUUGUCAUUUCACAAUGUUUACCAACUGAAAGUUACGUAGUAUUUGGUGGAAGUGAGUCAGCUUGGCACACAAACUGAAUUAAACCAAAUCAGAUUUGUCUUAUUACCACUGUAAGUAUCCUGUCUUUUUCAUUAAAACUCGUGGAAUGACA